UACGGGCAUCAAUAAUUGGGGAUAUAUAAGCGAUAUUCCGCUUUAAUUUUUCAUUCUGCCGCAGUUUUUACUGUGGAGGUGAACGUGGUGUCUCAGAAUGUCAUCCAUUUGUUUGGUCCUUUUGCUCUGUGCUCUCGCCAACGGGUCCCACCUUCCCGAAGGUGGUCAAGUGCUCCUUCCUCACGGAGUCGAUAGCGCUUGGGCUCCAGCCUACGCCAGCCCCCCUCAAGCUGCAGGACGCUCAGGCGAUGUCGCUAGAACUCAGCGCUGGGUGCCGAGCGGCGCCCCUCACGCUGCAUGGUACGAAAAUGAUGCAGCUUGGGCUCACAAAUUAGGGGCGAGUGGCGCACCUCACGCUGCAUGGCACGAAAAUGAUGCAGCUUGGGCUAACAAAUUAGGUGCGAGUGGCGCACCUUACGCUGCAUGGCACGAAAAUGAUGCAGCUUGGGCUAACAAAUUAGGUGCGAGUGGCGCACCUCACGCUGCAUGGCACGAAAAUGAUGCAGCUUGGGCUAACAAAUUAGGUGCGAGUGGCGCACCUUACGCUGCAUGGCACGAAAAUGAUGCAGCUUGGGCUAACAAAUUAGGUGCGAGUGGCGCACCUUACGCUGCAUGGCACGAAAAUGAUGCAGCUUGGGCUAAAAAAUUAGGUGCGAGUGGCGCACCUCACGCUCCAUGGCACGAAGAUGAUGCAGCUUGGGCUCACAGAUUAGGUGCGAGUGGCGCACCUCAAGCUGCAAGUCGCACAAGGGAUGAGGUUGAAAGUGACACCCAUCUAAUUGCAGAUCACUCAGGCGAUGCACCUCAUGCUGCAGGUCGCGCAGGGGAUGAGGAUGAAACCCACGGAUUAGGUGGGAGUGGCGACGCUAUAGCUGCAUGGCGCAAGGACGAUGCCGCUUGGGCACCAGACUCCAAUCCACAAGAUAAUCACAGUGAAGAAAGUGACGACGUAUCGAGAGCUGGCUAUUUCUUACCUCAGCAAAGAGGAAGAUAUAGGUAUAGAUACAAUAACCGUGGUUUCGGAAGAGGUAACUACUAUCCAUAUUACCCAAAUUACCUACCAUACCUAUCCCACGGCGGGCGCUACUACUAUAUUCCACGAAAUGGAGAAGAUGCUGAAGAGAAAGAAGCUGUAGUUGAAGAUGACUCUGCUGGAUCCAGCCCAAAUGCGGCCACCGGUCGUGCCGGCUCAGAAGAUGGCUGCUGUGGACACGGAGAAGCUGAUCGUGAAGGAGCUAGCUAUUACAAUGGACCAGGAGGUUACGUUCAUGGUACAGAGUCCAGACAUGGCGCCGGGCCAAGCAAACACAGCGAUGGCACAGAUGCGGAAAAAGAGCGAACCAGUGCUUAGGCGCUUAGUUUUUUUAAAUGUUCCUUUAUUAUAUUAUUUAUGUAUAUUG